UGCGGCCGCAAAGGCGGAAACGCGCUCGCUCGCUCGCGAGCGCCCGGCGGAACGCCGCUAGUCUUGCGGCUAAGUUUGCGAGCACAGACGCGGGAGGACUAAUUAUUUCGCGCUUCCACCGGACCAGUCGUCCGCCGUGCGUCCGCCGCGCUGAAAGUGCGCCAGGAACUCGAGGACUCGGGAUCGGAUCGUCAAUCGAACCCCCGCGCGCGCGAUUCCAUCCGCCGCGGCCGGCCGGGCGAUUCAUCCGGCACUCAAUCCGCAGAAAUCACCGCCAGCUGCGUGCGAUAACGCGAUAAUAGUGGCGCGCACAGCCAGAGAGAUCGUUAUUGAUUAUCAACUAUUCACAGCGGCGAAGCGCGUAUCGUGCGUCGGGCCGAGCGUCAAUGUCAUUAGCAUCGCGCAGCGCGUCCUGAUACGACGAGCCGAGGCGACGGGACUUUCGUUUGCUUUCUCUCUCUCUCUCUCUCUCUCUCUCUCUCUCUCUCUUUUGUCUAUUUUCUUCCCUUCUAAAAAUCGAUAUCGCGCGUGGAUUGUCGUCCGCUAUGCGCUCCUACGGCCACGUCCCUCGGGUUUUGCUGUUGAUCGCGACGAUCGUCAGCAUCUCGACGUUCAGCACCUCGUCGACGAUGACGUCGCCGGGGGAUCCAGCGAACAACCUGAACGAUGUGUCGGACAAGUGGAAGACGGCGCAAUAUGGUGGUCAGCGAGCGCCGAGGAAGGUUUCUGUAACGAGGAUCUCCGACCGACCGACCGACAACUGGUACUAUUGGAUGUAUUACAAGUACCUCAUGAAUAAUUACAACGCGGCGGCGACCAACGGGAAGAAAGACUCGGCUCGAUUGGAAUACGACGAAUCGAGCGAAAGAAUGCGCGAGAUCGAUGAGGACGGCAUCGUGAUGCCCGACAUCGUGAUGCCCGACAGGAUUCCGCUCAUCGGCUCCAGGAAUAUCAUUUACGCGCCCUCAUUCUGCCCGGAAGGAAAGAAGCCGGACGAAGUGGGACGUUGUAGAACUGUCGUGUAAUAAUGUAAAAGCGGCCGCCCGAGUGUUUAAUCGACAUUGCUUCGUUUACCGAGACCGAUCCCAAUUGAAACUGAAAUGAUCUGGUGAUGCUGCUAUGAGGCGCCGCUUCGCCUAUCGCGACUAAAACGCUACAGGAAAACAGAAUCUUCGACGUAUGCGUUUCGUCUCGGGACUUUCGUCGAGAGCUUAAUCGAUGACAGACACACGCAGAAAAAAGGUAUCAAUUAGUACCGUCGACCAGACGAGAAUUCGACGACGAGAAACGAUAUCGCCAUUAUCGUCAGCGAAAAAACACUCAUCUGAGCAUUUGGCUGUAUUAAAACUAACUGCGAUGAUUGAAAACAAAGGCAAUUAAAUCAAGUUUUUCUGCCUCUAUAA